UCUGUGUCAACCAGAUGGGCAGUUUCACAGGAACAUCCAAGACUGUUGCGUGUGACCAGAAGAUCAUGGCCAGAUAUGUGAAAGUGUCCUCCGAUAUCAUCAUGAUGAUGUGCGAGGUACAAGUGUUUGGAGAAGGUACGUGCUUGAAUAUUGAGGUGCAAAUCCAAAAUGGUCGGAAACGAGAUAGUCCUUCACCCAUGCAAAGCAGUUUGGCUCCACGUCGUAUGGAGUGCAGCAACAUCUGUUACAGACAGAACUGUACGUUCUUCAACUACAACAGAGUGACUGGGGAAUGCCAGACAGGAAGUGGCCUGGCAACUUCCGCUUCAUCCUACGCUGCGGCUGACUGGGACUUGGGCACAAUCUGUUGAAGGGCGAUUUCCCUGUAGAAAUGUGGUUUUCCACCUACCAAAUCGUUCAUGGUGAUAAUCGAAAUCAUAGACUUUUUUGAUGUCAUGGACAGUUCUGUUUCUUGAUGG